GGCGCGAGCACGCUCCAGGGGCGCGCACGCUGACAUUCCGAGUGACUGAGUGGCUGGAAGGGCUUAGACAGACCGAGAGCGGGAGACGAUGCAGAUCACGCUGAAGACCCUCCAACAGCAAACCUUCCGCAUAGAUAUCGACUCCGAGCAGACGGUAAAGGCGUUGAAGGAAAAGAUUGAAGCAGAAAAGGGAAGUGAUGCUUUUCCAGCUGCUGGGCAAAAGCUAAUCUAUGCAGGAAAGAUCCUCAAUGAUGAUACACAACUUAAAGAUUACAAAAUUGAUGAGAAGAACUUUGUAGUAGUUAUGGUAACCAAGCCUAAAGCAGCUCCUGUGCCUGCACAACCAACAACACAGCCUGCUCCAGUGCCUGCUUCAGUGAGUACCGCUUCAGCUGCGUCCACCUCAACUACAACUUCAGCUACGGCUCCAGCUUCAACUGCAGUUCCAAGCUUAAUUGCAGAUUCAAUUUCACCUUCAAGUCAAACUUCCAACUCUAACCCCACCCCAACCUCAGGUGCCACAUCUAUUGCCCCUGCCUCACCACCAGCUAUUGUUCCGACGUCUGAUUCUUCUAGUACAGUUACAGAGGAAAAGCCAAAGGAAGAAGAAACAAAAGAAGAAACCAGUGCCGUUUCUGAAGCACUUAACCCAAGAUCUAUGGCUGAAGAAAUUGACUUGAAUUUGGUGGAAACAGCCUCAUCCACAUUAGUAACAGGGCAAGCUUAUGAAAAUCUGGUGGCAGAAAUCAUGUCAAUGGGCUACGAACGGGAGCAGGUUCUUGCAGCUCUGCGGGCAAGCUAUAAUAACCCUGACAGAGCUGUGGAAUAUCUUCUGACGGGAAUCCCGGCAGAGCCGGAAGUUCCAGAGGAACCACAACCUCGAGUCACAACACAACCACCGUCACAGCCAGCGUCGCAAUCUACACCAAGCAGUAACCCACUGGAAUUUCUACGAACCCAACCCCAGUUUCAGCAGAUGCGUCAGAUAAUACAGCAGAAUCCAGCACUACUGCCAGCCCUUCUCCAGCAGCUUGGGAGAGACAACCCAACGCUUUUACAACAAAUAACUCAGCAUCAGGAGCAGUUUGUUCAGAUGUUGAAUGACCCUUUGGGAGAGGCUGGAAGUGAAGGGGCAGAGGGUCAUGGGUCACCACACACUAACUACAUCCAGGUUACACCCCAGGAGAAGGAAGCAAUAGAAAGGUUAAAGGCACUGGGUUUCCCUGAGGGACUUGUCAUUCAAGCCUACUUCGCUUGUGAGAAGAAUGAAAACCUCGCUGCAAACUUCCUUCUCCAGCAGAACUUUGAUGAUGAAUGAUUUUUUUUUCCCCUUCUUCCUCCUCUUCCCCUCCCCCAUCUCCCCUUCCAUUCUCCCACCCACGCUUCUAUUCAGAACCCAACCUCUCUCCCUCUAUCUGCAGUGGGUGGUUAAUGGUGAGGCCCAGCCUAGUGUGUAUUACCUGGUGGUAUCAGCAUUGUGAAGUGCAGCGUUGGAAAGCACAUAUUUAAACAAAUCAGAUACAGUAUCCCUUUGGUCAGUCUAUACUAGGUGAUAAAUAACAACUCAUUAUGACUAGUCAGUUUUGGUGGUUGGGGGGUGGGCAGGGGCUGGUACGGGCCUGUAUUCACAAAAGCUUAUGCAGUAUAUGCACCAAAAAUUCCCUAGCCCCUGAAUUUUAGAUAAAACACUUUGCAUUUGUGCUUUUUGUGAAUACAGGCCUGGAUUUGUGUGGCGGAGACUGAAGGUCAAGUGCUUCUGCAGCAUAAUGUUUCAAACUUGCCUACAAUCAGACUUUUCAGUAGAUUUUUUUUUCUUUGUAUGUUUGUGUUGGGUGUGGGGAGGGGGGUUUAGCUGGGCAUGUGGGCUGGUGGACAGAAAUGUACAAUCAUUAAGUAGUAGACAUUGCCAUUCUGGAAUGUUGCUGACAGCUGUUGUGAUGCCUAAUAGAAUAUUGCCUGGUUUAUGUCUGCCAACUAUUGGAAAUGCAACCAUACCCAUCGUGAAGGCAGCAAAAUGUUUUUUAAAAAUAAAAGUGCAAAAUUUCCCACAUUUGGAAACUGCUGUAUUUAAAAAGCAACCUGUCUUGCAUUGCUGUUUAGAAAGUGUGUGUUGCAGUCUGUAUUUUUAUUAAAAACAAAAUGAAGCACGGUAUUAAACAGCAGCUUGCAAUCACUGCAGGAAUCUCUAGCUUGUCGGAGUAAGUAGCAGCAGUUUAAUUUUGUUAGCGCUCACUCAAAUAUUGCACGUAGCUGUUUCUUAAUGUUAAACUACUUGUGGAAUCAAUAUUCUAAAUAGCACUAACUGGCCUGAAUUUAGAGAGUCAAAUAGACAAUUUACAAGCUUUUGACCAAGGGCAACACAUCAAAACGAUCCCAUAGCAAUAGGCAUGGUAGGGCAGUCAGACCUGCCUACACAACUCUGAUGUUUCCCACACACUAUUGAGUGCAGCAAGUUCAUGUUUAGUUAAAUUUGACGAGUGUUGGAUAGGGAGUAACAAAGUGCAUAACUGUCACCAAGAUGGGUUAUAUAAAAUGAUUAUGUACUUGGCCUGUUUGCAGAGUUAAGUAAUAUUUUUGAGGUGCACAGAUUGGUUUAAUAGUUAUUUUUAUGAUGUACUGAAGCAGUCUUGUAAAUUAGAAUACGGUUUAAUUUGAGUGACUAAGGAACCGGGUUUGGUCAUAAGUUGGUCAAGAGGAUUUUUAUUUUACUCAAGUCCCGAUGAUGUAUGCCAUGAUUUUUUGCUUUGUUUUAUCUUCUCUCAGGUGAGAGGUAACCAAUUACAGUUGAAAGACUGAAAUAAUUUUUCUAACACUUAUUCAGUGGAACCUAAAAACAUUAUCAUCAGAAAAAUGCCUUUGAUUAUUGUGACACUUCAGAACUGGAAGUCUUUCUUUCCUGUAAUAGUUUCCUGUUUGCAACUCAAAAACAUAGCUUUGAGGUGCUUCAAAAAGAAAUAGAUAUGCGUUUUUUGUUUUUGUGUUGAACCAUGGCUCUUCUAAUAGGCUGUCUUGAGCAGUUACGGUUGUGAUUACUCUACAAGGAAUACAGUUGCUUGCAGUUUUCCUUCUGAACUCAGCUGCAUGUGAGCAUUCAUGAUUGGAAUCUUUCACGCCAUUACUUUCUGCAGAAUUUUGAGGCACAAGUUGAGCUGACUUAAUUAUGUUUGAAUGAUAUUGGCUUGAGGUAAAAUAAUACUGUUGUGUCUCAGUUUGUAGGCAGAUAGCUGAAACCUUGCUGUUUCACUGAAGUUACCUGACUGAGGCCUUGGGAAUCAUAAAUUAAACCUAAAUUUUUUUUGAUCACUGAAAUUAAUUUUAUUUUGUAUAUAAUCCAUCAAACACUUCUUCUUUUUAAAAAAGUGAAUCGCUUAAGUUUAAUCUUGACACCUUGAAUUAUUCCCUGAAUAGUCUGACGAGAAGUGAUACUGUUUAUGGUGUUAAAAAGGAGAUAAAAAUUAUGGCUUAUAGGUUGUUGAAAAAUACUUUCAAAUGCAAGCUUUUGAUAAUAGUUUCCCAUCAUUGACAAUUUAAAAUAGCAAAAAAGCUUUUACUUUUUGCUAUGCGGAUAUUAUGUGAGCAUUUUUAUUAAAGCCUUUUGCUAUUUUAUGGCUAACCUCUGAAGGAACUUGAAGUAAUUAACCAAAAUAUUUUGAUUUACAACUUUCCAACAGUGUUGAACUGUUCAGAAUGUAUACAGGAUGCACUUUACCUUUCAGGGAUAUAAGCUAACAUGAGUUCCCAAAAGCCCCUCCAGUCUGUUUUGAUAGUUAAUCUACAUUUAGCAUCCAAUCCCACUAUUUUAAUCUGAAUCCUUUUAUUAAUGCCAAGCAGACAUUUCUGUAUACUAUUUGGAAUCUGCCCAUACUUGAGCUGAGCUUGAUAGAUUACUUCAACAUUAGGUUAAGUAAGUUAUUGACCAUCUGGAGCCUGAAAUCACCUGGCCUGAGAAAUGAAUUAGUUUGAAGUUCCAAUUAGUUGUAUCCUUUCUAAUUGUUUGAGUUAUUAUGUAAUUAAGUCUGGAGAGAUGGUUUUGUUUGGGGGCUAGUCAGCAGAAUUGUUAACUUCUGUGACCAAAGAGUGUGUCCAAACUAGAUUGUUGGAAGAGUAUGAGGAGUUGGGGGGGUAUAGUAAUUAUAAUUAUAGACUUCUUAGUUAGACUCCGUCCUUAGUUUAAUGGGACAUUAAAACCCCUCUUCUGCAGUUUUGCUGCAUGUGCAUUAAUGUAGAAGGGAUUGGAAAGGGUCAGCACUAAGUUGAUUGUCCUUUGGUUAUUUGUCUGCUGGUUUUAUUGUAUGCCUGCUCAUGCUUUGGAGUAGUUGGGGAUUAAUGUUGAGUGUUAAUGUGUUUGUGAUUCAGUUCCAUUCUCAAAGUGAGAGUCUUGGGCCACUAAGUAAUGGCUGCUUGUUAUGGCCUUCCCUACCCCACCUUUUUCAAAAUGCCAUUGCUGACAUAUGGAGCUAGAUUCACUAGAAUCGAAUAAAAUAAAGCUCAGUUCUACUCACUUGAAAACCCUUUCCAAGUUCCUGUAUACAUCAAUUCAAAAUCAGAAGCUUGUCUCUGAAAGGUAAUUGGAAAUGUAGUUUAUAUUUAGUACUGGUGCUGUUUACUCCUCGCUUCUUUCUGGGCCUGCAUCCCUACCUUCCCCACCCACCUGUCCAGUAGUUUGAUCAAACAGGCCUUGUACUGGCCCACUGUUGCUGAGGCACAAGGGCAUGUUGCUGUGUCUGCUGCCAUGUCUUAUACUCCUCUAACUCUCUCGAGUUAUUUUGUUCCAAGAAAAGCUAAUCUGUUGGAGAGCAGCACAGCCCCAGACUUGAAUAGGCUGCAUUUCAUGCAAGUCUAUUGUUAGUAGCCCUGUACUGAUGACUUGUUUCAUUUAUACUGUUUUGAUUCUGAAUUUAGAUUAAUUCACUGGACCAGUACGCAACCACAAUUCACAUUUUUACAUCGGUGAUAUUUGCAAUUGACCUCUUUAACUACAGCCUAAGACUCAAUUUGCCCUUAUUACUUUAAGUCAAAAAGAGAAUUGUAAGCCCCAGUCUUGCAUCAGGUACCUUUGACAUUAGAGCUGAUUUGCUGAAUGUUCCUGGGAUUCACAAUGUUUGUGUUAACUACAAUA